UCCAUCCCAGACCCAGCCGCCAACCUCUCGCCUCUAUCGCUCUCUCAUUUCCUCUUGAGCUUCCCUAUCUUCUCCACGAGACAAGCACCCACACCACCGCACGCAGCACGCCGCUGCUUGCUAGCCCACCACCUGAAGCUCACCGCCUUCCGCCAUAGACGGUACUCCGGCAUUCCCCUCCCAACCGCUUAUAGUCCCUUUCCCCGUCCACAUCGAGCCGUCAACCUCGUGUGACGAUCUCCCCCGGCGCCAUGCCCGGCGUGGCGCCGCCUCAAACUUCUCGCCGGCUGCUCGCCGUUCGCACCUGGCCCGCCCUGCGCAUCAAGGGGGUAGCUCUAUCCCGAGCUCCCCGUCGACCACCACAUCGCACGCACCUCACCAGCCCUGCGCGAUGCGGCGCCCUCAGCUCAUCAUCGUACGUCGACAUCCUCUGUAGAUGUGCCUGUUCCAUUGGCCAGCCCGUCUGCUCGGCACAAAAGCUCGUGGCUUCGAAUCACACUUCCAACUUCAAAAAGUGUCCGGAACAAAAGCAAUACCCUGACUUGUGCUCACCGGCCGGCAUGGCGGCAGCGCAAGGCGAGCAUCCGCCGCUGUACAAGGACGCGUCGGCGCCGGUGGAGGCGCGCGUGCGCGACCUGCUCGGCCGCAUGACGCUGCAGGAGAAGGCGGGCCAGAUGGCCCAGAUCGAGCUCUCCGUGGCGUCGCCCCGCGCCCUCGCGGAGCUCGGCGUCGGCAGCCUCCUCAACGGCGGCGGCAGGCCGCCCUUCGACGGCGCCUCGCCGUCCGACUGGGCCGGCGUAGUCGACAGCAUGCAGCGCCUCGCCCUCUCUUCCCGUCUCUCCGUCCCCAUCAUCUACGGCGUCGAUGCUGUCCACGGCCACAACAACGUCAUCGGCGCCACCAUCUUCCCCCACAACGUCGGCCUCGGAGCUUCCAGGGAUCCGGAGCUUGUCCGAAAGAUCGGCGAGGCGACGGCGCUCGAGGUUCGGGCCACCGGCAUGCACUGGACCUUCGCCCCCUGCGUCGCCGUAUGUAGGGAUUCGAGGUGGGGGAGAUGCUACGAGAGCUACAGCGAGGACCCAGAGAUCGUGCGCUCCUUCACCACCAUCGUCGCCGGUCUGCAGGGCCAGACACCGGCAGACCACCCCCAUGGUUACCCGUUCCUCCAUUCGGUUAGGGAGAAUGUGCUUGCUUGUGCCAAGCAUUACGUAGGGGAUGGCGGCACUCACAACGGGAUCAAUGAAGGAAAUACCAUUUGCUCUCUAGACGAUUUGGAAAGGAUCCACAUGAAACCCUAUCCAGAUUGUAUAACACAAGGGGUGGCAACAAUCAUGGCAUCCUUCUCUCAAUGGAAUGGGGAGCCAUUACAUGCCAGCCACUUUUUGCUCACGGAUGUUUUAAAGGGCAAGCUAGGCUUCCAGGGUUUUGUGGUGUCAGACUGGGAAGGUAUUGACCAUCUUUGCGACCCUCGAGGGUCUAAUUAUCGGCAUUGCAUUGCACAAGCAGUUAAUGCUGGAAUGGAUAUGAUUAUGAUACCUUUCAGAUUUGAGACAUUCUUGGAAGAUCUUGUGUUCUUGGUAGAGACAGGGGAGAUACCAUUAUCACGAAUUGAUGAUGCCGUUGAGCGGAUUCUAAGAGUUAAGUUCAUUUCUGGAGUUUUUGAGCAUCCAUUUUCAGAUCCAACUCUACUUGACGUAAUUGGUUGCAAGGAGCAUCGUCAGCUAGCACGUGAGGCUGUUCGAAAGUCUUUGGUACUUCUGAAAAAUGGCAAGAAUCAGAAGGAACCAUUCCUUCCCUUAGCCAAAAAUGCAAAAAGAAUACUUGUCACAGGGACACAUGCUGACAAUAUUGGAUAUCAAUGUGGUGGGUGGACGAUAGCGUGGCACGGAGACAGUGGAAAGAUAACUCCUGGUACAAGCAUAUUAGAGGCCAUACAAAAAACUUUGCAAGUGGAAACGGAAGUUGUGUAUGAAGAAUGCCCAACAGAAGCUACCAUUGAAGAAGAAAACUUUUCCUAUGCAAUUGUUGUAGUAGGUGAGGUUCCCUAUGCAGAAGGGUUGGGGGAUAGAACCGACCUUAGUAUUCCAUUUAAUGGCUCAGAUCUAAUUACUCGUGUUGCUAGAAUAGUCCCUACCCUAGUGAUUGUUAUUUCUGGAAGACCCUUGGUUAUUGAGCCACAAGUUCUUGAGAAGGUAGAUGCUCUAGUUGUUGCUUGGUUGCCUGGAAGUGAGGGCAUGGGAGUGACUGAUUGCCUCUUUGGAGACCAUGAUUUUGUAGGCACGUUGCCAGUAACUUGGUUUAGAUCAGACGAUCAACUGCCUAUAGAUAUUAGAGGUGCUAACUACGAUCCAUUAUUUCCUUUUGGAUAUGGGCUCAAAUGUUCAGAAGCAAUGAAGAUUUAGCAUAAUGUCAUGACAGAUUUGGUGGCCAUACAUUUGAAUUGAAAUAAUAGUAUACAUAUGUAUGUUGUACAUGAGAGUAUGGGGUUAUGUAUAAGAUAAAUAAUGUCAUGUUGUCGAGUACAUGGUAUAAGGUGUUCAGGACACAAUUUG